ACGACAACUACCGAGCCUCCCACCACAACGACAACUACCGAGCCUCCCACCACAACGACAACUACCAAGGUUCCUACGACAACUACGGAGCCUCCCACCACAACGACAACUACGGAGCCUCCCACGACAACGACAACUACUGAACCUCCGACGACAACUACUGAAUCUCCGACGACAACUACCGAAUCUCCGACGACAACUAUCGAGCCUCCCACCACGAUUACUACAGAGUCACCUACAACAACAGAAACUCCAACAACCACAACUGCUGAGCCUUCUACAACUACUACAACUGAACCACCAACUACAACAGAAACCCCUACAACUACGACUCAAAAGCCUACAACAACUACCCAGAUGCCUACAACAACAAUCGCUCCGGUACCCACAACUACAACUGAAGCCGCUACUACUUUGGGUCCAUGUGAUUACGAAUAUACUUCUCACUCAGAAUUAGAAACGUGUCUCACGGCAAAGGACAAAUGUGAACUGGCUCUACCCACAACUGUCAAUCAAAAUCUGCAUAUCAUUCACGCCAUUAAAGAUGGACCAAAACCCAUUGCUGGGUGUUACUGGUUCGGAUUAGAAACUGUGGAAUUUCAGAACGAUCGUUUUAAACUUGGAAAAACUGGUAAAGAAUUGAAAGGUUCAGACCUACUUUUUCCAGACGAUUUUAAAUUCGUAAAAUCGGGAUGUAUAGCUAUUAGUACUAGUCCCUUUGUUUGGGAUGUUCUACCAACAACAGGAAAGUGUGGUUAUGUUUGUCAGAAAUAUAUUGUAUGGUGUUUUUCCAGUUCUUAUCAAAUUAUACCAAGCGAUAAGAUAACAGAGAUGAAGGCAAGCUGUAAAUUUCGUGAAGAUAGGAUCCUGGAUGUUGCACCUAUUGCUCACUUCGAGAACACUCAUCAGAUCGCUUGUUUGUCGAAUUGCAUCAAGAUGGCAGGAUGCAAAUCGUUUAAUUUUGGACAAGGAAAGUGUGAUUUGUUACCCGAAAAAGUCUGUGAUAAUGGAAUCGAAAGAGAAUUUAUUGAUAAAGAAGGGUUUAGCUACUAUGAUCUGUAUAAGAAGGAUGAAGUGGAAAGUGCAUCUAAAACCUGGAAUACAGCAACUUGUACUGUUCAUGGAAAAUGUUUAGCCGAUUGUCCUUUAAUUACAACCACUUCUCAAUCGAUUACCACCACCACCACUACUGAACCUCCUACUACCACUGAACUUUCUACUACAUCUACGGAAUCUAUUACAUCUACUACUGAGCCUCCUGUAACAAUAAUUACUACAACUACUGAACUUAAGAUGACAACCACUACCGAGCCUACAACAACAACGAAACCUAUUACAACUACUGAAUCUCCUACGACAACAACUGAACCCCCUACAAGUAGUAGUGUUCCUACAACAACAACAACUGAAUUUCCCACAACUACUGAGGCUUCUACGACAACAUCAGAACCUUCAACAAGUACUAAGCCUCCUAUGACAACACCAGAACCUCCAACAACCACUGAGCCUCCUACUGCAACUACCGAACAUCAUACGACCACCACUACAGAGCCUCCUACGACCACCACUACAGAGCCUCCUACGACCACCACUACAGAGCCUCCUACGACCACCACUACAGAGCCUCCUACGACCACCACUACAGAACCUCCUACAACUACUACUGAGUCUUUUACCACAAUCACUAGUAUUGAGCCUCUUACGACGACAACAACUGAAUCUUCUGUAACAACAACGACUACUAUUGAGCCUCCCAUUAAUACAACUACAGAAUUAACUACAACUACAACUACUACAGAACCACCCACAACUCUAACUACUACCGAAACGUCUACAACAACAUCUACCGAAAUUCCUACAAGCACUACUUCAAAACCUUCAACAAGCACAACUGAAUUUGCAACUACUACCACUUCGACAGAAAUUCCGACUAGUACAACCACUCAAAAGCCUACCACAACUACAGAGGCACCUACUACAACAAGCACUGUGCCACCCACAACUACCACUGAACCUCCAACAACAACAACAACUCCUGUUCCUACAACCACCUCGGUACCCACAACUACAACCGAAGAAGAAGGCACUUUGGGUCCAUGCGAUUACGAAUACACUCCUUACUCAGAAAUGGACGUGUGUGCCGCUGUAAAGGACAAAUGUGAACUGGCUCUACCCAGAACUUUUGAUGAAAAUCAGCAUAUCAUUCACGCCAUUAUAGAUGGACCAACACCUAUUGCUGGGUGUUACUGGUUCGGAUUCGAAACUGUGGACCUUCAUAAUGAUCGUUUUAAACUUGGAGAAACUGGUAAAGAACUGGCAGGUACAGAUUUACUUUUUCCAGAAGAUUUUAAAUACGUAAAAUCGGGGUGUGUGGCUAUUGGUACUAGCCCUUUUGUUUGGGAUAUUCCACCGGCAUCAGUAACGUGUGGUCGUGUUUGUCAGAAAUAUAUUGGUAAUUGAAUUUAUAUUAUCUUACUAUUGUUAACAUAUCACUUUCGAUUCUGUAAUUUUUUAUUGUAGUACGAUUUCAUUGUUUAAUGAAUGGUGAAUUUAAGAAUAAGUCGAUAAUUGUAUGUCUGUAGCAACUGUUAUUGAAGAGUUUCAGUCGAACACACUUAUUAUUUGAACACACGUAGCACUCAUACACUUGAAACGAUUGGUAAAAAUUGAUCUUAGCCAAGUAUUGUGCACUCAAUAAGCCUGGAAAAAUAGAAGUUAUGUUGAUCUUUGUU